AUGACAACACAAACGAAAGAUCCUAGCCAAGAUCCAAGCAAUCCUCUCUUCCUACAUCAUUCGGAUGGACCCGGGCUUGUCCUCACCUCUCAGCCUCUUGAUCACAAAAACUAUACCACAUGGAGUCGUGCGAUGCAUGUGGCUCUCUCCGUGAAGAACAAGCUCGCCUUCAUAGAUGGAACCCUCCCGAAACCCGCUGCCACAGAUUCUACCUUUGCUACUUGGAACCGUGGAAACAAUGUGGUUAUAUCUUGGCUUUAUAACUCUGUCUCAAAGGAUAUAAUCACAAGUAUUCUCUUUGCAACCACUGCAAAAGAGAUUUGGGAUGACUUAAAAACAAGAUUUUCAAGAAAGAACGGACCUCGGAUAUUUCAACUCAGGCGCCAAUUGAUGUCGCUGCAACAGGGAUCAAAUGAUGUCAGCACAUACUACACCAAAUUGAAAUCAAUAUGGGAAGAAUUAGCUGGUUACAAACCAAAUUUUCAGUGCACCUGUGGAGGACUUCAAUCCCUUCAAGAACACACACAAUCUGAAUAUGUCAUGUCCUUCCUUAUGGGCCUAAAUGAUUCUUUUUCACAAAUUCGUGGUUAG